AUGAUAAGGAAAGUCGCGGAAAGCCUGUGCGGCGAUUGCUACGCGCUAAUCAACGCCAGGGGGAAUAAAAAGUGGACACAACAGCUGCUCCGAGGCAAGAGUAUGCUACGAUUGACAAAAAUAAACUACUCCUUUGUGCAGAAAAAUAAAAAUGUCAACAAAAAUAUAUACAAUAUGAACUGCAUCGAAUUGUACAGAUAUAGCUGCUUACUAGAAAGGGAGAAUAUUACCAAUGCGACUAUUUACAAACAGAUUAACAAAAGAGUAGAAAUGAUUUAUAAAUUUUUAAACCCAUCUAAGAUUGUCCUCCUAAUAAAGUUAUACAUACAAAAUGCCCAUUUAAAUACCUACCAAAGUACCUUUCAUUGUCUUAUCGAAGUAGCAAUAACAAAACUGAGAGAAUUCCAUCUCGAGGAAAUUGUAAAAUUGUACAACAUAAUUAGCAAGGUCGAAAAUAACCAAAACGUCGUCUACCUAUUUAAAUAUGUCAAUAACCAUUUAAUUAAUAAUUACACCUUCAUCGAUGUGAAGUCCUUUUCCAUCAUCCUGAAUUCGCAUGCAAAAUUGAAAAUUAAGGAUAUGAAAUUGAUUAACAAAUUCUUGCACAUUAUAAUUCAAAAAGGCUUGCAUAUCGAUAUUGUGAAUUAUUCCCUCCUCUUUAACGCCUUCUACAAGUUAAGACUGGUAGGCAAUGACCAUAUCAACCAGGUUGUGCGGAACUUCUUGUGCGAAAUUGAUGCGUGGAGGAAAAGGGAGCAUUGCCCUUCCGAAUGGGAAGACCACACAGAUAGCACAAAUGAAGGUGAUAAAACUUACCCUGUGACAAACCAACUGGCCGACUACUCCCCCCACCACAUAUGCAACAUUCUGCUCUACUUCACCAUUCAGAACAUCAACCAAAUUGUGAAUCCAAAUUGGAAGGAAGAGAAGGGUGAAGUAAAUUUCACCGAUAAUAUACACAUAUCAUUCCUCCUAGACCUAAUAAUUAAAAAAAAAAACCUCCUAAAAUGUGAAGAAAUUUUAAUGCUCUGUCAGAUCUUCAAAAUGAUGAAAAUUAAAAAUGACAUUCUAGUUAACCACAUAGAAAAGGAAUUACUAACUUAUUUUAAAAAUGCUAGAGAGCAGGCAGCUAGUCACAACAGUUCCAACAAGACGGACACGUCACCUACCGCCAUUAACUUCACGGAUGGCACUCUUGUAAAAAUCUUAUUCGAUAUGUGCACCUUCUAUAACGAUAUAGAUGUGUACAAUCGGAGCGUCCAACAUUUUCUACACAGAAAAAUCGAUUUCAGCACCGCCCUACUGCUACUUUAUGUAUAUGCAGAAAUAAAUUUGCUGAACGACAAAAUGAUCACCUUACUAAUUCGUAUCAUUAACAAACAUUAUGUUCAAAACUUUCAAGUGGAAAAUGUGUUCCUCCUUGUUAGGUCCUUCUACAAAAUUUGCCUCAACAGUCAGCACUAUUUCGCGCGCAAAAGGGUGGGUCCUGAAGAUGUGAAUAGCGUGCAAUUCGCUUCAAAGAUGGAUAUGCAUGCAGAGGCGCCCGUGAAGACGGGGUAUAUAACGCGUCAUACCUCUGAACAGAUAGAAAGCGAACCCAAUCGGGCAGCCAAUAAUGAGGGGAACGUCCCCCCGCAUGUGUGCACUAAAUUAUCCCGUGAAACUGACAAAAAUGGAAGCACAACUGAGGAAAACCUUCCAGAACAGGGAAGCACCGCAUAUGUAACUCCCCCAAACAAGGAAAGACUAUUUCACAAAAUUGAAACCCUCGUCGAUAACGUUUUCAUCAAACUUGAAAAAGAUUUGCUAAACGGAAACACACCAACGAACGAGCGUAACCUGCCUCUGCUGUGCAAGAUAUUGUACUAUGCCACCGUCCUCAGGAGGUUCCCCUUCAUAAAUAGCGUAAUUAAUUUAUUUACAAAAAAAGACAGCUCAGAAAUUGGCGAUUUUAAAAAUAUACUAAACAUACUUCAUGCCUAUUGCUGCGCUAAGAGUAGUGCCCUCUACCUUUGCAAAAUAGACCAAAUGGAGCUCCAAAUGUUGCAUGAAGAUGACGUCACCAAAUUGGUCAUCAAAGACACCGUUCUCACACGUUACAAUUUUAUUGUAAAUAAGAAAAAUUUCAACAAGGAGGUUAAAAAUAUGAUUUAUUUUCUCUUUGCGCAAUGCAGGCUGAAUGAUUACAGAUAUGUGAACGUGGAAGACAUAAAAUCGUGGCUGAAUUGCUCCUUUUUGAAUAUACACUUAUUGGGGAUGCUCCUCUGCAGUCUUAUAUCGAAGGAGCUAAACGUGAUAACGUGCGUUAAUACACCAAGCGGAUGUUUAUAUGAAGGGGAAAAACUGUCCCCGGUGGAGACCCCCCAUGAGGACCCCUGCAAAGAAAUGAGGAACAGCCGCAUAGCUAUAAAAAGAGACACCAAGUUUAAGUACACAAAUUUGUAUAAUCAAAUAUUACCACACAUCGAUAAACUCAUUUCAACGUGCGAAAACGUUUACGACAUCACGAGGAUUUUCAAUUCGUCAUUCAUUCUUUUAAGCCAUUUUAAAAAAUUGAACGAGGAAAAUAAAAUAUGCGCGGAAAUUUCACAAGUGAGGAGAAAUGUGGAUAAAAUAAUGAACAGCAUAGAAAAAAACAUGUUGCAAAACCUCCAUUUGUACAAUAAAGAGUUUGUAAUUCUCCUCUCCGCCAUGUGUAUAUAUAACAACAACUAUUCCUACCUUCCAUUUUCUUUUUUCUUUCAAUAUUUCGACUUGUUCAAUUUUAAAAAUCACAUUUCGUACUUAAUUUUGCAAAGUACGGACGAAGAAAUUAAGCACAUAGCGAAUGAGUUGUUCGCCCUCACGAAUUAUGCCACAAGUAAAGACACCACAACGCAGGAGGAGAAAUACAACGUGGAAUCGUUUUAUUCCUUUCACAUAUCGUGCAUUAUAGAAAGGUUGGGGAAAUGCGCUCAGAGUAGCCCAAGUUGGGGCAAAAAUGGGGAGAAGCACCUGCAUGAAGAAGGAAAUCAGAACAAUAACAACAAUCAGGAUGACAUCCCCCGCGAAGGUUCAUAUGAAGAAGGAACCCCCACCAGUCUGACCCCCUUCCAAGUAAAGCACAUAAUAAACAUAUACAAACAGCUGAUAAGUAAGAAUGACAUUCCAUGCAGCGAUGUUUUCAAAAAGGUUAAAGAAAAAUAUUUACAUGCCUCUGAAAUUAACCUCCUCCUGAGGAGCCUUCCCCUGGAUGAGCUAAAUGACCUAUGUCUAAGCAUGCUAAAAAAGAAAGUACCAAAUAUUUUUCUCUUCAAAUGGACGCUAAAAAGGAAUUACGAAUAUAUCCAUUCAGAGGGAACCCCCCUCUUAACAUACGAUUAUAUUGUUAACUUGCUAAGCAUUUGCAUAAACCUAAAAAGGUACAAUCUCUUCAUGCAGGACACAGUUGUUAGUAAGAUCCUUUUGGACAACUCGGAAAAAUUCGACACUCUUCCCAGGGUGAAUAAACUGAUCGAGUCGCUGCUUCAGUUAAACAUAAGAAGCGUUUAUGAUAGCAUCUCAAAGGAGCUGCUACCCACCGUGAAGAAGGUCUACCUGAACUACUUCUCAGAUAGGAAAGUUCUGAAUUUAGACGAGGUCCUAUAUUUUAUGUUCCUCCUAUACAACUUCAACAAAUGUGCAAAUUUUUACUGCACAUUUGAAAGCUUCUUGGGGAAGCUUACCCAGAUAGGGGAGAUAAAAGUAUGUCCCAAAAGGAGGUACAAUUUUGGCACCAGUUUAAAUAACACUCUUUUUAUGGCCAAAAAUGUGUACACCUUAAGUGGCGAUAAAAAUGGAAACCAAAGCCAUUCUGUAAGUACACCUUAUGAAGAAACGGCCAAUUUUGACAACGAAUAUGUUAUACACCUGGGUGGGAGAAGCACCAACGAAGGGGGACACAAAACGGAGGAUGAAAAAUUCACUUACACAGGUGAAGUGCAAAAGGUGCAAGAGACAUACCCCAUGGUAUGCAUAAAAGACCAUUCCUUCGUUACGCUUUUCUUGCUCUUGGACCUCCUCAAAAAUGAUAGCAAAAUUGAACAUCACAAAGUUUACCAGUUCUGCCUUACGCUGUUUAAGGAUUAUAUAUACCUCCUAAACAAAGAAGUGGUAAUCCAAUGUCUUUACAUUUACUUUUACACCCAAAUUAAUGAAGAACUGACACAAGGACGUAAGAUGGAUCGAGAAAAUAACUCCCCAAAUGAGAACAUACAACACAUCCUCAACGUACUUAUAACGUUCAGUAAUAACUUAGACGUGUAUUCAAUUUUAAAACUGUCUUUUAUCUAUAUUAACUUAUUUAUUUAUGCACGUAAAAAAUAUCACGUCCAGGAAAACGUGAAAAUCCUUUUUGAACAAAUUAACAAGAAAAAAAGUUUAAUCGAAAAAAAUAAUAUGCUCUAUGAGCAGGUGAAGAGGUAUGAACAUGCGCGCAUGGGGGAGUAG